AUGCAGAGCAACUUCUCCCUGGCCUCCAGCGGAGAAACCCUCCGAGCCCUCUCCACAGCAGUGCCCAACUCCUCGUCCGUGCUGCACUCCCCUGCUCCCUGCCCUCUCACCUCCUCAGGUUACCAGUUCUCCCUCAUCCCAGCCUUCUUCUCUGCCUUCUUCCUCCUGGGCACCGUGGGCAACAGCGUGGUGGUGGCGGUGCUCUGCUGCCGCAGCGGCCCCAGGGGGGUGGCCAACAUCUACGUCUGCAACCUGGCAGCGGCGGAUCUGCUGUGCCUCGCCACCCUCCCCUUCUGGGCUACCUACUAUGCCCAGGGCUACCACUGGCUCUUUGGGGCCCUCAUGUGCAAGGUCUGCAGCUCUGUGCUCUGCCUCAACAUGUUUGCCAGCAUCUUCUUCAUCACCUGCAUGAGCGUGGAGCGGUACCGCGCUGUCGCCCACCCGCUGCGCUCCCAGCGGAGGACUCCGCACCAGGCUCGCUCUGUAGCCCUGGGGGUGUGGGGCUUGGCCUGCCUGGCCUCCCUCCCAACCUUUUAUUUCCGGGACACUCACUACGUUGAGAGCUUGGGGGUCAAUGCCUGCAUCAUGGCCUUUCCCCAGGAGGCUUAUGCCAGGUGGGCUGUGGCCACAGCCCUCCUGAAAAAUGCCCUGGGCUUCGUCGUCCCCCUGACGGUGAUCAGCACCUGCUGCCUCUGCAUCAGGAGGCACCUCCUGGAGGCACGAAGGUUUGGGAAAAGCCAGCAGAAGAGGGACAAGGUCCUCAGGCUGGUGGCUGCUGUGGUGGUGGCCUUCUUGGUUUCCUGGCUGCCUUUCCACGUUUUAACCUUCCUGGAUGCUUUGGCUCAUAUGGAGGUCAUCGAGAGCUGUGAGGUGACGGGGGCCAUUGACACAGCCCUGCCCUUCAGCAUCUGCAUGGCACUCUCCAACAGCUGCACCAACCCCCUGCUCUACUGCUUCAUUGGCAACCAGUUCCAGGAGAAGCUCCACCACUUGUUCAAGAGACGAGUCUCUCGGCUCAGCAGCCACCAAGAGAGCUCUUCCUUGAGGAGAGGAAGCUGCCCCAGGGCUGCUGAGCACCCCCGGGGCAGGGAAGAAUGCCCUGAGGAUGGGGAGGUGUGUGUGUGGCGGGGCAGGCCGGGCUGCGAGGAGGGCCGAGGGGCAGGGAGGGAGGGAGCCGGGCCAGGCAGGCGAGCGGCACGGGAAGUGGGAGCGGGCGAGGUGAGUGACCGAGGGCCGGCGGUGUGCAGCGCGGGAAGUGGGCAGAGGCCUGGCGGCGAAACCCUCUGA